AUGACUGGGGACAGACCCUUAUCUGCAUUAACUCCGGGGGUAUUGAUAGGUAGUCUAAAUGGGAAACGUCAUGACUAUGAAAGCUUAAAUUACACCAACCAAAGUAACUCCUCACAUUAUUCAUUUGAUCUGAGAAUAAUGGUGGACAUGUCAGGUAUGAUUGACUUAGGUUGUAAAGGACUCAAAUAUAGCAACCAUAAAAAAAUGCUGCAAUCACAUGGAGUUCCAAACAUGAAGAGAGUAAGGCUCGAUAGGGCAUUGGCUUUUGUGGACUGUCAUCUGAAAUUCCCAAAUGCAAUCACUAAGAAUAUGCAACCGAUAGUUUUAGAUCAUCGUCUAAUUUUACUAGACACCACUGAAGGAACAAACAAUCAAGUAAAACAGUUUAAAUACGAGUACAUGUGGGUGAGGGAUCCGAGGUGUUUUUGGGUAGUCAAAAGUGCUUGGAGUGGUCGACUUCAUCAUAAUCCCAUGAUUAACUUCAACCAAAAGCAAAAGAAAGCAAGGUCUCGCCUAGCUAAAUGGAACAGGACCCAUUUCCGUGAUGUUAAAAAACAAAUUGAAGAAGCACAAUUAUGCUUAGAGGAGAUUGAGAAUUCAGAACCUACCAAUGUAUUAUGCAUUGAAGCAGCUAAACCAGAAUUGAAUGAAUCCUUACAUAGGGAGGAAUUUUUAUGGAAACAAAAGUCCAGAGUUCCUUGGCUUAAGGAGGGAGACAAGUGCACAAAAUUAUUCAUGGCAUCCAUAGUAAACAGAAGACGAUGA